UGACAGGAGGAAGCUUCUCCUUAUUCUUUACUUGAUAUCUGUUUGAAUUUCCUGACUGCCAACCUAGAGAAGUUUUGCACAGAAAGGCAAGAUGGAACGCUGUGCUUGCAGGAGCCAGGAAUGUUUCCUCAAGAAGUGGCUGAUCGUUUGCUGCAGACAAUGGCAUUUCAUGGGCUUCUGAAUGAUGGAACUGUGGGCAUCUUCCGAGGCAACCAGAUGCGUUUGAAACGAGCUUGUAUCCGGAAAGCGAAAAUCUCUGCUGUGGCUUUCCGGAAAGGAUUCUGCCAUCACAAGCUGGUAGAACUCGAUGCUACUGGGGUAAACGCUGAUAUAACGAUCACAGACAUUAUAAGUGGACUUGGCAGCAAUAAAUGGAUCCAACAAAAUCUUCAAUGCCUUGUGCUGAACUCGCUAACUCUUUCUUUGGAAGACCCAUACGAGAGAUGCUUCAGUCAGUUGUCCGGGCUUCGUGCACUGAGUAUUACCAAUGUUCUGUUCUACAACGAGGACUUGGCAGACGUUGCUUCACUUCCUCGGUUAGAAAGUCUGGAUAUAUCGAACACCUCUGUCACUGACAUAACAGCACUCCUCACCUGCAAAGACCGACUCAAGUCUUUGACCAUGCACCACCUGAAAUGCUUGAAAAUGACCACAACCCAGAUUCUAGAUGUUAUAAGAGAACUAAAAUAUCUGAAUCAUCUUGAUAUUUCAGAUGACAAACAGUUCACGUCAGACAUAGCACUUCGUUUACUGGAACAGAAAGAUAUCUUGCCUAACCUUGUGUCUUUGGACAUUUCUGGAAGAAAACAUGUUACAGACAAAGCUGUAGAAGCGUUUAUUCAGCAACGGCCUACAAUGCAGUUUGUAGGACUGCUAGCUACUGAUGCCGGCUACUCAGAAUUCCUAACAGGAGAAGGAAACCUAAAGGUGUCGGGAGAAGCAAAUGAAACUCAGAUUUCUGAAGCACUGAAGCGUUACAGUGAGCGGGCCUUCUUUGUGAGAGAAGCACUCUUUCAUUUAUUCAGCCUGACACAUGUAAUGGAAAAAACGAAGCCUGAAAUUUUAAAGCUCGUGGUUAUUGGAAUGAGGAAUCACCCCCUGAACUUGCCUGUUCAGUUAGCAGCGAGUGCGUGUGUCUUCAACCUGACCAAGCAAGAUCUAGCAGCAGGGAUGCCUGUGCGGCUUCUGGCCGAUGUCACUCACUUGCUCCUGAAGGCCAUGGAACACUUCCCAAAUCAUCAACAGCUGCAAAAGAAUUGCCUCCUUUCACUAUGCAGUGACAGAAUCCUUCAGGAUGUUCCGUUUAACAGGUUUGAAGCAGCCAAACUUGUUAUGCAGUGGCUGUGUAAUCAUGAAGAUCAAAACAUGCAAAGGAUGGCUGUAGCCAUAAUUUCCAUUCUUGCUGCAAAGCUUUCAACAGAGCAAACAGCUCAACUCGGUGCAGAGCUUUUCAUUGUUAGGCAACUUCUGCAAAUAGUUAAACAGAAAACAAAUCAGAAUCUUGUAGAUACUACCCUCAAGUUCACACUGAGUGCACUUUGGAACCUGACUGAUGAAUCUCCAACAACAUGUCGGCACUUCAUUGAGAAUCAAGGGCUGGAACUUUUCAUGAGAGUCUUAGAGUCUUUUCCAUCUGAAUCAUCCAUUCAACAGAAAGUUCUUGGACUUCUGAAUAACAUAGCUGAAGUUAAAGAACUCCAUUCUGAAUUAAUGUGGAAGGACUUUAUAGACCACAUCAGUAAAUUAUUGCACAGCGUGGAGGUGGAAGUUAGCUACUUUGCUGCGGGGAUUAUUGCUCAUUUGAUUUCUCGAGGAGAGCAGGCCUGGACAUUAAGUCGCAGCCAGAGGACAUCUCUCCUUGAACAGCUGCAUUCUGCCAUUUUGAAUUGGCCAACCCCAGAAUGUGAGAUGGUGGCUUACAGGUCUUUCAAUCCAUUUUUUCCACUACUUGGCUGUUUCAUGACACCUGGUGUCCAGUUAUGGGCAGUGUGGGCCAUGCAGCAUGUCUGCAGCAAAAAUCCUGCCAGGUACUGCAGCAUGUUAAUUGAAGAAGGUGGUUUACAGCACUUAUACAACAUCAAGGAAAACGUCCAGACUGAUCCACACGUCCAAAGGAUUGCUAUAGCCAUCCUAGAUAGUCUGGAAAAACACAUUAUGCGUCAUGGGAGACCACCUCCAUGUAGAAAACAGCAACAAAAUAAACCAAACUGAAAGCUGCAGGUAUAGGAGUGUUAAGUGUUGUCUCUGUAAUAAUCCUUUCUGGUGUGUGUGUAGUUGGAGAAACUUGUAAUAUAGUGGUCACCAUUAAAGUGAUUUACCGGUAAUUGUGGUCCCCAGAACCAUGUACGGUAACCUUUUGUGAAUGUCAACUUUAAUGGCAGCCGCCUAUGCGACUUGUAAAGGGUCACUGCUUGAGCUGGUCACACCUGUGGGAUUACUGCUGGCUACAGAGAGAGGGGAC